AUUUAUGGGACUCGCGUGAAAAUGAUCCGGUUCAAGCUGUAUCAAUAUUCGUCGGUAAAUAAUAAUAAACGUAAUCGUUUGGAAAUAAACGCGUCGCGGAAUAAUUUGCAUCGUACGUCAUUUUUGUUUGAAACCUUUGCCCGAUUAUUGUUUCGCGAAACGUUCUGCACGAUUAAUGUCGUUUAUUAAAAAGACUCGAGGAUUCUUUAUUAAAAUCGUCGACUCGCGUCCGUGGCGAGUAUUUUUGCCAACGAAGGCCAUUUUUUUUUCUUUUUCUCGUCUUCGUGUUCGAAAUAGAGGCGCUUCGCAGAUCAAACAGAGAAGUAGAAGGAUCCGAAUAAAGCAGCUAAUAACAUUCCAAUGUUAUUUAUUGGAAACAAUGACUCUAUACGUAUGGGGAAAAUAUUUGAGGUGUAACUACUUUAGCAAAAGUAUACUUUAAAGACAGAAUCGAUAAAAGUUGACACAAAACUAUGAUGCAACAAGUUUGUACUUGGGUUUUACCAAUACAAACAUAGAGCGAACUCGUAUAAAGAAUGUUCGUUACUUUGAAAAGUGCCAUUUCGUUUAAUUUUGCCCGCGUUUCGGACGCUUUUGCGACCUUUUGAAAUAGCUUCCGGGAUAGGAAACGGCCAGCAGGAAGCCAGCGAGUGCUCGAACCAUAAAAGAACGAGCAAUUUGAUCGUUGAAUUGGCGAUGAUCUGUGUGUUUGCCGAACCCAGUGACCGUUUGGAAGAAGCACCGACACGACGCAUGCGUUUGCAACCUGGACGAAUGUAUCGGCGAGUCCGCGAAGUGGAGGGAGGCCCGAGCACGUGUGAAACAGCUGUAGAUUUAAUCAGUGUAUAGAGCAGGUACGAGACGACGCAUCAAUCGGUAAGCCUCUCCUUCCCAAGGAUCCUCGUCGUCGAACUUUAAGCUCCGCGAACGCGAUGAAAAGUGAAAUUCGAACAGAGAAAGCAAGUGACACCAGUGGACACAACGACGUUUCCGCUCCGAUUCGAAUUCUACGUUUGUUCGCGCGACAGUCGUCGAUCUUUCGAUACUACUUCGACGAUCGAGCCAUCGGGCAGAUGACAUCGAAAACGAGACGCGAAACGCGGAAACUGAUACCGCGAAUAGCGAACAGGACGAUCACGUGUGCCAAAUCGUUCUCACGUGGACGACCAUCAGCCGACCGACGAGCGAUUCCUCGUCGUGAAAAGAUCGUUCGCGACAUCCGCUAAUUGCCUCGUAGAGGUUUCGCUAAUUGUCGGGUUGUUCGACUGACAGUGAAUUCAAACGACGGUUAAUGGAACGCUGGUUGCAUAAUGGACGAAACCGAUGCUCGGACCCAGAACCGACUGCAUCCUAUGUCAAUGUCAAAUUCGUAUUCGGGUGUUUCGUAAUUCCUGGACUCCGAUUGGCGCGAUGUGCUAGAAAAGGGAAUACGGGGUCGACAAAACACUUUUUCGGACGAAGCAUGAUCGAAUUCAACUUGAAGAAGCUGCUCAAGAGCAGAGUACCUGUUCUAAAAUGGCUACCCCUCUACAAAACGCGCGACGCAUUGGGUGACCUAGUUGCGGGCCUGACAGUGGGCCUGACCUUGAUACCGCAGGCGAUCGCGUACGCCGGAUUGGCCGGACUGACGCCUCAGUAUGGACUUUACAGCGCGUUCGCGGGCAGUUUCGUUUACAUUGUUUUUGGUACAUGCCGAGAAGUCAAUAUUGGACCGACCGCGUUGAUCUCUCUAUUGACAUACACAUACGCAAGAGGCAAUCCAGAGUACGCGGUGCUCCUGUGCUUCCUAUCAGGCUGCGUAACGAUCAUCUUCGGGAUACUCCGGUUAGGAUUCCUAGUAGAGUUCGUGUCCAUUCCGGUGGUAUCUGGGUUCACGUCAGCGGCCAGUGUGAUCAUCGCCUGCAGUCAAAUAAAAAGUCUGUUAGGCCUGAAGAUACGCGGGGAAAGUUUCGUGGAGAUUUGGAAGGAGCUGGCGAACAACAUUAGCCAGACCAGGAUACCCGAUCUGAUCUUGUCGUGCUGUUGCAUUUUAGUUCUCCUGACCCUGAAGAAACUGAAAGACCUCAAGGUCUCGAACGAAAUUUUAAAAAAGUCCAUCUGGUUUCUGGGAACCGGUAGAAAUGCUCUCGUUGUCAUUCUGUGCGCAGUGGUUUCUUACGUCUAUGAGAACCAAGGUGGAGCGCCGUUCAUCCUCACGGGGCACAUCGACGCCGGACUACCGUCCGUUGGGCCGCCAUCGUUCUCAAGAAUAGCUGGAAACAGAACAGAAACGUUCGUAGACAUGUGCAAGAACUUGGGCACCGGCAUCGUGAUCGUUCCUUUGAUAUCGAUAAUCGGGAACAUCGCUAUCGCCAAAGCGUUCUCGCGGGGCCAAUUUCUCGACGCUACCCAAGAAAUGUUGACCCUGGGCUUGUGCAACGUGGUCGGUUCGUUUUUUCGUUCGAUGCCGGUCACCGGUUCCUUCUCAAGGAGCGCUGUGAACAACGCGUCCGGAGUAAGGACGCCUCUGGGCGGCGUGUACACAGGUAUUCUAGUCAUUCUCGCUCUAAGUUUGCUUACUCCAUAUUUUUACUACAUCCCGAGAGCGACGCUUAGCUCGGUGAUAAUUAGCGCAGUGAUAUUCAUGGUCGAGGUCAAGAUUAUACAACCGAUCUGGAAAUGCAGCAAACGCGACUUGAUUCCAACGUUCACGACGUUCUUCGCGUGCUUGUUCGCUGGAGUCGAGUUGGGGAUUUUAAUAGGGGUGACCAUUGAUCUGGCUAUAUUAAUUUAUUUCAACGCCAGGCCGACAAUAUAUAUCGAAUACAGAAAUACUCCCACGUCAAGUUACACUCUCGUGCGUCCCAGCGCUGGGCUGCUAUUCCCAGCGGUAGAUUACCUGAGGAUAUACUUAAUAGAGCACUUGGCCAAUGACCACAAGCUGCUGAAAACCUUUAAGAACUCGAAAGUCGUCGUCUUAGAUUGCAAGCACAUCGAUAAAAUUGAUUUUACUGCGGCGCAAGGAUUGAACAUGGUGAUGAGAGACUUUAAGGAAAAGAAUCAUCGCUUGAUCAUGCUACGACCGUCCAAAGAAAUCCUGCGAAGCGUUCAAUCGCUUUGCGAGGAAACGAUCAAAGUGGUCAAUAACGACAUCGAGCUCGUGGCUGCAUUGAAAAAACUUAGCACGGGCAAACGAACUCAAACCAUCAGCACGGAAGUCAUAGACAUGUCGAGUUUGAAAGCUAACGACGGAACAAGGGACGAGCUCACGUGCACGAAACUGUGAAACGAUCGUUGCAUUUAACAGAAUCAGGAAAUUAAUCGAACGUUCGGAUUAUAUCGAGGAUCAAGGAGAAUUCCUACGGGUUACUUUGCAUUUUUUUUUUUUUUGUCUUAUUUCAUUUUUUUUCUUCAAUACAUAUCGAAAAUCGAGUUAUAGGACUAUCAACGAUGUCGUAUAAAAUCGUAAUGAACAUUAACACCUAUUUACGAUCUAUUUAUGAACUGUAUGAUAAUUCGUACGAUUUUGUAACUUUUUUUUAAAGAUAUACCGAACCGACCAUGCAAUGAUGUAGUUCAUAAGAAAAUUACUUGCUUUAUUCCUAUUUAAGAGUCUAUCGACGCGUGCAAUUCUCGUUACGAACGAAGGAAUAAUACUGGUGUUUAUAAAUGCAUAUCAGAAUAUGUUGUAUAGUGUAUAUAACAUCUACCAAGUACAGCAAGUUUACGUUUUAUUUUGUAAAAACUUGUAAGUUCUCGAAAAAUAAACUAUAUGAUAUUUCUUAACAAUAUAAGUAAUAUUUAAACAAAAAUAAAUUAUCACGCUCGAAUGUACGACCGUUAUAUAAAACGUUUGGCCUCCA